ACAGAGGGAAUAGGAAUCGCACGCUCACGACUUCGCGUUGUUUGAUUCUCUCGUUCUCGUUCUCCUUCUCUUUCUCAUUCGGCAUUCCUUUUUCAAAUCGAUCUUCCAGUUCCAAUGGCAACCUCUGCUACCACCACCACCACCACCCACACCGACGACGACAAUAACAACAACAACAACCCGGUGCUGGAAAACCCUAACAAAACCCUGGACCCCACCUCACCAAAACCAGAUGCAGAUCCAAUCCCUGCCGACAAAGACGCGGACACCGUUGAAUCCAAGGAGAUUCCGGCUGAAGCGGGAAGCGAUGCUCCGCUUUCCGAUAUUCAGAAGAAGGUUCGCCGCGCUGAGCGAUUUGGCAUCUCUGUUCAGCUGUCCGAGAAAGAGAAGCGUAAUUCCCGAGCUGAAAGGUUUGGCACUGUGUCCACAGUACAGGGAUCAGAGCCAUCAAAAUCAGAGGAGCUGAAGAGGAAGGCUAGGGCAGAGAGGUUUGGGAUGCCUAGUCCCUCUACUGCUUCUGAUGAGGAUGCAAAGAAGAAAGCUAGGCUUGCUAGGUUUGCUCCGGUUUCCAAGGCUGACCCUUUGGAGGAAGAUAAAAGGAAAGCAAGGGCUCUUAGGUUUUCAGAUUCAUCAUCAGCUUCUCUGCCUAAAGUAAAUGGCGAGGGAAACAUUGAGCCAAAGGCAGCUAUUGCAGGGAAAGCUGUAGGAGGGACCUGACUGUGGUAGCUUGCAUGUUUAAUUGUAGGAAAUUUUCUUGUCUAGUUUUUAGCAGUUCAAGAUUCACAGAGUGGCCUCCACACCAUAUCUACUUUUCAUAUCAGAUGCAUUUAUCUUUCUUAUGUUUACGGAUGCCUUCCUCUAAGCCAUGGAAAAGAUUCAAGUGGUCUGUAGAAGCUUGCUUUUCUUUUGUCUUAGUGUUGGCUUACUAGGUGACUCGUUUGGGUAAUUAACAGACAUCUUCAUAGUGUUACUUAUCUUAAAAUCUGCAAAGGUUUAAAUUUUGGAAUCUACAGCCUAGAAAAAAAAAAUGAAUGCAGGUUUUGUAGGAAGGAAACUUAUAUAUUCUUAAUUUCUUUCAUCCUUAACAUUGCCAUCCACUCAUUGCCUCUUACCUGCUGCUUGUCAAAUGCCCAUUAUUAUUCUGCUAAAAGAUAGUACCAGGUUGGUGCAUCAUGCUGAUCCAGAAUCUGCUAAUGUUAGGAUAGGCUUUGUUUCUUAGUCUGUCUCUGAGGAGUGAUGAUUUACUGAGAAAAAUAGAAAAUAGGCCCUCAAAUAUUUUUAGCUUCCAAGUAGGAUGAACGGGGUAGUGUUAAGUUAACAUUAAUGUUGCUUCACAUUUCUUUCUUUCUUUCUUUCUUUCUUUCUUUUUUUCUUGCUUUUUAAUGGUUAUAGGGAGGGGGGUUAUGAACAUAGAAAUACUGAUAAGUGAUAAUGGCUGCAUUUUGACUUGCAUCUGUAAUUGUUUUUUUCUCAAUCCAUUUGUCCUUUGAAUUGUUCGUUAAUGUAUGCUCAUGCCUACUACGACGUACACUUUGUGUUUAGAUCUUACUGGAAAGUAGCUAUUAAAGCACAUCUGUACUGGGUAGUAUUGAUUAGAACUGUUCCUUGAGAAGGGAUUUUGGUGCUUGUAGUAACAUAUCACGUUUGGUGUUUUGCUAUUUUACUACUUUCCUGGAUCAGCAGAAAUAUCGAAGCUUAUGUUCCUGGUACUAUCUUGUGGCACUCGCACAUGAAAAAAUGUGGGUGAAUAAUGGUAAGCUGUAUGUUUCAAAUGAAAACUUGAAGGUGUGGAUGCAUUCUGUAAAUUUCUUUCAAGUAGGUUUUAAAACUCGGUUUAUUUCCAAGGCUGUAGCUUCCCAUUUUUAUUAUCUUUGCUGUAAUCUUAAGAUAAGUGAACUCUUUGAUGAUGUUUCUUAGUUUACAAGUUAGAAUUGUACAUUUGUGGGUCUGGUUGUGGAGGGAACUCUUUACUUUUUUCCUUUAAUAUUUCCUUGUAAUUUAUUUUUAAACUGUUUGUUUGGACCAAAGUUUGGAGAAUGGAGAUGUCCUGUUUCUGGGGCAUACUUAUGCUAGCUAGUAUAAAUGAAUGGAAGGAUCAUUACUUUAUGCAAAACAUUUUUG